GGUCGCCGGUCCUCGCCCAGCGUGACGGGCACCGAAGGCACCGGCAGGACGGGGCAAAGGUCGCUCGAGUCCUGCUCCAUGCUCAGGUGCUUCUCGAGACCGUCGAGUGACGCGUCCUCUUCCAAAGGCUCGGCGCCCUCGGCGGCACGUACUUUACGUUUUGCUCACCAGAUCGCAGCACCCCUCUGCAAGCCGCGCGCGCACGUGUGUUUUGCUUUGCUACCGGUGCCCGAAGUUGUUUUUUUGAUCUCUCAUGCCCUGCGAAUUUUUGCUAAUUCGCAUUCUUCUCGGCACCAAAUCUACAUAAUUGCAUAAUCCCAAGAAACUGCAGUUAUAGCACUUUAACUUAUUUCCAAAGAAUAAGCGAUUCCGAGAAUGUCCGGUCAAAGCAAACCACUUUCAUGUGGCCUCGAUUACUCGGCUGUGCCUGACAUCGAACUGUGCCUGAGAAUGUCUUCCCAGGCAGGAUAUGAUUUCAUGUGUGCUCCAAUUUUCCACCCGCGAAUGAGGCGGGAAAUGAAAGAACCGAACGUUCACAAAAGCCGGCCUACGAAUUUGACUCGACCCGACUUUGUUCUCACUUCAAAUGAUUGGAAUCGCCUAAUUGUGGGGAAAUUCUCUCCGUGGAUUGAUGUUGACAGUGAAGACCCAGUAAUUAAAGAACAUUCGGAGCUGGUUCUCCAACAAGAGAUGGACUAUUUUUCGCACUUGGGGCUGCCAAUUAUGAUGUUCCGCCUGAAGGGCACCAAUCACGUCAAUUUGGCCCGACACAUGUACAAUAGAUUCAUAAAUUCUCACUUCAACUGCACCUCUUGGGUGGUCGUGCCUUUGGAAUCUCCCACCACGUCUGCAAUUUCUUACUACAGAUCCGACGUGUCGGCAGAAACACCCACCGAGGACACCUGGGAAUGGUGGAAUGUUUUUCGGUCGGUGGCUAACUACAACAAACACCUAAUAGUAGCUCUGGAGCUCUCGGCAGACAUUCCCUCGGCGGCUAAAGUUGAACGUUGGCUGGGCGAGCCAGUCAAAUGUGUCAUCAUUCCAACCAGCAUUUUCCUCACCAACAAAAAGGGCUACCCUGUUCUGUCAAAAGCUCACCAAGAACUGGUGAAAUCGUUUGCAAAGUUGAACGUCCAGAUGAUCAUUCAGGGAAACAAACGUCAUGAGGACAUGAACUUCUAUGUCGUUUACUUGGGCCACUUGUACAAAAGCUUUUCAGUUGACGACCCAUUGCAAUGCAAUGGUCAGGGCUACGAAGAUUUCCUGCAAUGUCCGUUGCAACCCCUCAUGGACAAUUUGGAGUCCCAAACUUAUGAAGUAUUUGAGAAGGACCCUGUGAAAUAUAACCUUUAUCAAAAGGCAAUUUACCAUGCCAUGCUAGACAUGGUGCCUGUUGAGCUCAAGGAUCAAAAAACCUUGACUGUGAUGGUAGUUGGAGCUGGGAGAGGCCCUCUGGUCAGAGCAACUUUGAACGCUGCAAAGUUAUCAGAUCGCAGAGUUCACAUUUAUGCAGUUGAGAAAAACCCCAAUGCAGUUGUGACACUUCUUGCGCAGAAGGAAGCAAUGUGGGGUGACAAAGUAACAGUCAUUUCAAGUGACAUGCGGCAGUGGAAUCCUGAAGAGAAGGCCGACAUAAUUGUGUCAGAACUUCUUGGUUCGUUUGGUGACAACGAACUUUCUCCCGAGUGCUUAGAUGGUGUCCAGCAUCUUUUAAAAGAAUCUGGGAUCUCCAUUCCCCAAAGCUACACUUCAUACAUAACACCCAUGCAGUCGUCAAAACUGCACAACGAUGCCAGUGAAUACCCUGACAAGACCAAGCACCCUCUCGCUCACUUUGAAACUCCAUAUGUUGUAAAUUUGCAAAACAUAUACAACCUGGCGCCCAUACAGCCACUUUUUACAUUUGAUCACCCCAACAAAGACAAGGUCAUUGACAACAGAAGGUGGAAGAAGCUACAUUUUGAGAUCACGAAAAACUGCGUUGUCCAUGGGUUUGCUGGAUUCUUCAGUUGUGUUUUGUAUAAAGAUGUGAUCAUGAGCAUAGCACCCCACAAUCAUUCCCCUGGAAUGUUCAGCUGGUUCCCCAUUUAUUUCCCAAUCAAGGAACCUGUCCACAUCCGCAAUGGAGACAAACUUGAAGUCCACUUUUGGCGAAUGUGCAAUGACAAGAAAGUCUGGUACGAGUGGUGCAUUGCUGGCCCAGUUCCUGUACCCAUACACAACCCUGGUGGCAGGUCAUACUUCAUAGGACUUUAAUUUCAGAGGACGGAAACAACAUGAUCUUAACAAAUGAACUUAACUUUUAGCUAGCUUAAACUAUACUAGAUAAUAAUUAAAUUGAUUCAAUUUACCAAAUUUCAUUUCUAUUUAAAAUUAU